AGCCGAUGGCCCCAGUCGGCUGCUGUGGUCUCCAGAUCUCCCGCUGCUGUGAUUCGAUCUGAGACCCGGGCCACCCAAGGGGCAGUGGGCGCUCGUUGGCCCUGGGUUCUGUAAAGUCCCGAAGGUAAAUCUGCCCAGGAGCCAGGCGGCUUGAGCGAGAGGGGACCAACGACGGGGCUGGGCAGCUGGAUGGCGGCGGAGGGAAGCGUCGCGCGGCGAGUUUCCCAAGAAAGCUGAACUCGUAGCAAAGUUUCCUGUGCAUCAGCUUGCACCCUGCGUAUUGGUGGCGGGCUUUUUCCGUGCGGGUGGUCUUUGGACGCUGGAGAGACGCGGAGGUAAUUGGAUUAUUCCGCCUGGGUACAGCCCAGAUUUCUGUUCCGGAACACGCAGCGAGGUGGGCGCAGAUUUUGCCCGAGAAAGGGUGGGUAAUUAAUUGACACGCAGUUGUAUCGCGCACAGCAGUCGGGUGACUGCCAGACUCGGAGCGCGCGUGUUUGCAAGGCGUGUCUGGUUGUCCGGAGGCAAAGUUCCAUGACUUCUUUCCUCUUUAGGCAAGACUAACUGGGUGCUGUUCCCUCUCGGGCUGACCUCCGAGUCCCCGCUAUGGACAGCGAGAGUGAUGUGGAUUUUUCUAGCAACAGCUUAACCCCUUUAUGGCGGAGGCGGUCAACUCCUCAGCCUCAAUUGCUGGGCCGGAGCAAGCCGAGGCCCCAGUCCUACCAGAGCCCCAGCGGAUUGCUGAUCACGGAUUUCCCAGUGGAGGACCGAGGGACGCUCCCCGCGAUGCAGACUCCUACCCAGGUACCCACCGCUUCAGAGGGCAGGACCGUCCAGGGGACCCCCCUGCUGCUUUGUACUCAUCGUAGGGUGGUGACCAAUGGGAGGACAGUCUCCCCAGAAUACAGAGCUGUUUCUCCUCGGCUCCGACGUCCCAAGUCUCCCCAGGCUCCCAAAGCGUUUUCAGGGGGCUCCCCGAAAUCCCCAGCGAAUGGCACAGUGACCUCGCCCAUGCCGCACCCGCUGCGCCCCCAGCGGACUCCUAACUCGCCCGCUUGCUGUAGCCGGGAGGGAGACUUGACCGGAUUGACCACCAGCCCGCUGCUUUUGCCUGCUGCAAAUGGGCUAAUCCCUAAUAUCGACUCCCCAGGCUCUGGGUCGCAAUCCGGCCAGACGACUAAGGAUCCUGAGCCGGGACCCUCGAAACUCUCUCCUGCGCCCCAGAAAAGGUCUUUGGAACAAAAACUCCCCCUCCAAAGGCUGCCCUCACAGGAGAACGAGCUCCCAGAGAAUCCUUCAGUGGUUUUGAGCACAAACAGCCCUGCUGCCCUCAAAGUGGGGAAGCAGCAAAUCAUUCCAAAGAACCUGGCCUCGGAAAUUAAAAUAAGUAAAUCCAACAGUCAGAAUGUGGAGCCCCACAGGAGACUCCUCAAGGUGCGUAGCAUGGUGGAGGGCCUCGGAGCACCUCUGGGCCCCGCAGACGAUGAGGGUGAGGCGGAGAACGACGUGGACAGCCCAGGGUCUCUGCGGAGAGGUUUGCGCUCCACGUCCUAUCGUCGGGCGGUGGUCAGUGGCUUUGAUUUUGACAGUCCUACCACUUCAAAGAAGAAGAACAGAAUGUCCCAGCCUGUUCUGAAAGCGGUGAUGGAAGACAAGGAGAAGUUUUCCAGUCUGGGAAGGAUAAAGAAAAAAAUGCUGAAAGGACAAGGAACAUUUGAUGGGGAAGAAAAUGCUGUCCUGUAUCAGAACUACAAAGAAAAGGCUCUUGACAUUGACUCUGAUGAAGAGUCGGAGCCCAAAGAACAGAAGUCAGAUGAAAAAAUUGUGAUUCACCACAAGCCACUGAGAUCCACAUGGAGCCAGCUUUCUGCGGUGAAAAGAAAUGGAUUAUCACAGACAGUUAGCCAGGAGGAAAGAAAGAGACAGGAGGCUAUCUUUGAAGUCAUAUCCUCUGAACACUCAUAUUUACUCAGCUUGGAGAUCUUGAUACGAAUGUUUAAAAAUUCUAAAGAACUGAGUGAUACGAUGACCAAAACAGAGAGUCACCAUCUUUUCUCCAACAUUAUGGAUGUGUGUGAGGCAAGCAAAAAGUUCUUUAUGGAGUUGGAAGCAAGACAUCAGAAUAAUAUCUUCAUAGAUGACAUAAGUGACAUUGUGGAAAAGCACACAGCGUCCACAUUUGACCCAUAUGUGAAAUACUGCACAAAUGAAGUCUACCAACAACGAACACUACAGAAAUUGUUAGCCACCAACCCAUCUUUUAAAGAAGUAUUGUCACGAAUUGAGUCCCACGAAGACUGUAGGAACUUACCCAUGAUCUCCUUCCUCAUUCUCCCCAUGCAGAGGGUAACUCGCCUGCCCCUGCUGAUGGACACUAUCUGUCAGAAAACACCUAAGGACUCUCCGAAGUAUGAAGUCUGCAAAAGAGCCUUAAAGGAAGUGAGCAAGUUGGUUCGACUGUGCAAUGAAGGAGCUCGGAAGAUGGAAAGGACUGAAAUGAUGUACACCAUUAAUUCCCAGUUGGAAUUUAAAAUUAAGCCUUUUCCUCUAGUCUCCUCUUCCCGGUGGUUGGUGAAAAGAGGUGAAUUGACAGCCUACGUGGAAGACACGGUGCUCUUCUCAAGAAGGACAUCUAAACAGCAAGUCUACUUCUUCCUUUUUAACGACGUACUAAUUAUCACCAAGAAGAAGAGUGAAGAAAGUUACAACGUCAAUGAUUAUUCCUUAAGAGAUCAGCUAUUGGUGGAAUCUUGUGACAACGAAGAGCUUAAUUCUUCUCCAGGGAAGAACAGUUCUACAAUGCUUUAUUCAAGACAGAGCUCUGCCAGCCACCUCUUUACUCUGACAGUCCUGAGUAACCAUGCGAGUGAGAAAGUGGAAAUGCUGCUAGGGGCUGAGACACAGAGCGAGCGAGCCCGCUGGAUCACCGCCCUGGGACACAGUAGCGGGAAGCAACCUCUGGACCGAACCUCACUGACCCAGGUAGAAAUCAUUAGAUCCUUCACCGCCAAACAGCCAGACGAACUCUCCCUACAGGUGGCGGAUGUGGUUCUCAUCUAUCAACGUAUCAGCGAUGGCUGGUAUGAGGGGGAACGACUGCGAGACGGAGAGAGAGGCUGGUUUCCUAUGGAAUGUGCCAAGGAGAUAACCUGUCAGGCUACAAUUGACAAGAACGUGGAGAGAAUGGGACGCUUGCUAGGACUGGAAACCAAUGUGUAGCCUCUCGACGGCCUUCUGUUACCGUGAGAUUUGCACUACAUCACAGCGGGCUGCUUGGUUCUGGGCCGGCUUUGUUGUGAAUUUUAACACAGCCUGUUUAAUUAAAAGAAUGAAAACACUUGCCUUUAAGCUUGCCAGGUGGUUAUGCUCUCUCAUGAGAACAGCUACCAGUUAGUUCGCAAGGUUCGGUGUGUGCACAGUCAUCCACUUGCAAACUUCCUUAGGUCCGCAGAUAGCUGAGCAGUCCACUUCAGGGACCAGGCCACCUCUCAGCUCCUCCUAGGUUCACCAUUUUCUGGCAUUAAAAAUGUAUAUUAGAUGCUGUACCCUGGUAUUCUCUUUCCUCACUUUGCCAAGGAUGUUUCUGUCCCUCUUUUGACAUUUCCUUUACAUGGUUUUCCCAGUAUUAGCAAGAGUUGUUUUUAAAGAAUGCCCAGUUUUGUAAAUAUGUUUUCUGCCUCUUGUAUUUUAGAUGAUUCUAAUGCUAUGAGGAUUUCAUAAGGAGCUGGUAGAGCUCAAAAGAUGAGCUAUUGAGUUUUUCUAAAAUUCUUCCCAGGAAAGGGAAAUUAACACUUGAAUUUUUGCCACCUCUUUUCUCCUUAGGAGAGAAGCUUACUUAGGAGAUUUUCUUUUUAGAUUCACCUCACCCAAUACUGGUAUAGCCUGAUAAAACUCGAGCUACUCUAAUAAGAUAGGAUUUAGAUGGUUCACAUAAGUGACAAAAUCCUGAAUGUAGGACAGGGGUCGUACUUUUUUAAAAGAUAUUCCCAAAUGAGCUGAUAAGCUGACAUGAGGCUGCUUUGCCUUUAAUAAUUUUUUGCCUUUUAUAAUUUAAUAUUUUUGACUGUUCCUACUCCUGUUCCAAACAGGCAAGUGGCUGAAAUACAGUCUCAAGGAAGGUAAAAUUUAGGCCUCACCAAGGUAUCAAGAUGCCAGCCUGGUACCUAAUUGAAGCGUAACAGUUUGGUCUUAAUGGGAAUCCGUUUCAUAUGUCCUAAGGGUCUUGUUUGCUGGAUCUGGAGGAUCUCUUAACUGUGGGUGUCUACAGAACUUCAUUUCUUCCAUUGGUGCAAGGAGAGAGAAAAAUCAUUUUAAUAGUACAUUUCAUAAGGAAGAUGAAGAGAGGGGAAAGUAACUUUUACCGGCAGCUAUGUUCCUCUCUACUCCAUUUUUCUUCCACAAAGGGACAAAAACCUGGCAAAGGGUACAUUAUUCGAGGACUCAGAUCUGUGUGUGACAUGUCCCAUCUACUGCCUGCCAACCAGGUACCCAGAUCAUGAGUGAAGUGAGUAAAGCAGAAGCACAGUGUGGUUGCUCAGUAUGCUUGGCUUACACGGGGCCUUCUGGUCCUUUGUUUGCUCUCCUUUACUUAUGCAUACAGUGCUGGAUGUAAAAGACAUGCCAGGCCCUGAGUUCCUGGAGGUCGGGGCCACUCAGUGAAUUGAUGGCAAGAGAUGUCUCCAGGUUGGUAAACAAGGCAUUGGUCUCCUCUUUCAUGUCACAGACCCUUUAGAGGAGAGGUUAAAAAGGUUGUAAUCUAAUUUCAUGUGAUGUUUGCAUUUAGGAAGGAAAGUAAAUUCAUUGCUUGCAAAGGGGAUCAUUUCGUAUUAGUUUCGCUAAUAUCCAUUUGAAGCUAAAAAGCAACUAUAGGAAUCCUGUGAAUUAAUUUAUAAGUAGAGAUGUUAAACAGUCUUGGAAACAUGUGCAUUUUAUAAAUCAAAGCCUUAUUUAGCAAGCAGUUAAUACUGUUAUUGGAUAAAGUGUUAUAUAGCAGGUACUUAACAUUAUUCACAAUGUUUGAUUUCAACAGUGAAUUGUAAUUUUUACAUGACACAGUACUGUUUUCAAACCUAGUUCCGUUUCUAUGAAUAGCUUCUUGGAAUUGUACAAGGACUUCAGUGACCUGUGGAGAACAAAAAUACUCAUUUUUGUCUCAGUGAAUUGAUACUGCUUGUAUACUUUUGGUGAAAUAAGUGAAUUUAUAAAGAUUUUGUAUAUACU